AUGUCUCCUGUCAACACCAAAAUACUCAUACUAUCCGAUACCCAUGCCUUGAGCUUCCAACCAGGGGCGGAGCCUCUUGAGCAUUUUGACAUGGCCAUUCACUGUGGCGAUCUCACAAAUGACUCAAAGCUUAGAGAUUACAAGGCGACGAUCCGGCUUCUUGAGCAAAUCAACGCUCCUAUCAAGGUUGCGAUUGCAGGAAACCACGACUUUACCCUUGACGACAGGGUUUACGAGCAGAAGAUUGAAGAAUCCUGUAAAGCAAGCCAAGAAGAUAUCAGCGCAGACAUCAAAGUUGAAUACGGCGAGUACGGAGAAGCUAAACAGCUACUGUUGGAUGCGAAGGACCGAGGUAUCAUCUUCCUACACGAAGAAGGAACACACCGAAUUCGACUUGAUAACGGCGCACAACUAAAGCUAUACGUGAGCCCGUACACGCCUUCGAAUGACAACUGCAGUGGCUGGGGCUUCCAGUAUGCCGGCGCCCACGACUUUGCUAUUGAGGAAGGAACCGACAUCGCUAUAACGCACGGCCCGCCGCAUGGCAUCAUGGAUACGACUUCAAAAAAGGAGCGAAUUGGGUGUCCCCAGCUGUUUGCUGCAGUUGCAAGAGCUCAACCAAGAGUUCAUUGCUUUGGACAUGUCCAUGAAAGCUGGGGUGCAAGACAGGUCUCGUGGAGGCCUAAUAUCUCAGAAAAGCCCCACCAUUUCAGUGACAUCGAUAAUAAUAAGUCGCAUGUUAUUGAGAGCCUCUCACGAUUGAGGGGCUCAAAGUUCGGCUCUCCUGGUGAUAAGAAGGAGAGAGAAGACAAGAUAGAGCGCUACAGGUUGCAGCGGUACUGCGAGAUUGACAAGCGACCGCAACUUGGAGAAACCAUGUUUGUUAACGCCGCGCUUAUGGCAGCUGGGAAACUUAGUCAAUUCCCUUGGGUUAUGAACAUUGACUUGGACGGAUAUGAUCAAGGCAACAAAGAGAAACGGAAGCGAAAGGCCUCCGAUGUUGGUCUUACAGCACAAAAAGAUAGGUACUAA